AUGAGUGUUACUUUGAGUUGCGAUCAUCGAGUAGUAGACGGUGCCGGACUUGUAGAUAUCAGUAAUGAUGUCAAAGCAUUAGCAGCUAAAGCUAGAGAUGGCAAACUUAAACCACAGGAGUUUCAAGGUGGAACUUUCACUAUAUCUAACUUAGGAAUGUUUGGCAUUAAAAAUUUUGCUGCCAUCAUUAAUCCACCUCAGGCAUGCAUUUUAGCAGUUGGUAAAACUGAAAAAAGAAUAAUUCCAGAUGAAACUACGGAUACAGGGCAAGUAAAAUUUAUGACAUAUUAAUGAUAAUGAUUCAUGUACAAUUAUCCUACUGGCACUGAUAUGAAUAUAUACAGUAAGGAAUUUACUAAUAUUUAAUUAAUUUACUGUUUACACAUUUGCUAAAUCAUUCAAGUAAUGAUUUGAUUUUUGCUUACAAUCAUAAACAAAUCUUUACCAUUAAUUAAUAUAAUUUCUUGGAGUGAACAAUAUUUUAGAAAAUUAGCAAUCUUGAUUGAAUAUUGAUCAUUAGGAAUUAACAAAAUAAAUACAGAUCUGAAGAUGCUAGAUUACUAUUUUAUAUUUUUAAUAAGAGAAAUCAAAAUCGAGAGUACCACAUGUUGAUCUUUAUUUCUUUUGUUAGACAUAAUUCUCUUGUUGAUUAUAAGUGUGUAACCUAAAAGAGCUAAAGUUUCCUAAAAAGUUUUUGCUCUAGAACACCUUGAAUUAGAUUUACAUUUGAGAAAUUUCCUUAACAAGAGUGAAAUAAAAAAUAGUAAAAAGACAUGGCCGGCGGUAAUUACAUUUAAUAAAAUUAUAAAAAAUACGACAUUUUUACAAAGGUGAGAACCUUGUUUCUGUCAGUCUUUCCGCCGUUUCAUUUGUACACCAUCAGCGAUCCUUAAGACAAUUCACAAAAUUUUCCGGGGACGACCUUCCUUUUAAGGCUACUGCCUCGGUAAAAAAAUGUAAAAACAGGCAAAGCGUCCUCU